ACAUUGAUCUCCUUCAGAACAGCGUCCAUUUUGAGCCGCAGGAUGGAAAUAACUCGUUGACUCGUUAACAGAGGUAAAUGUUGUUUCUCCGGGUCCCUCCGUGUCUCUCUCGGCUCUCUGGAGCUGUACUAACAGAUGAGAGGGUUUCAAGACACAAAGCGUCUUCUGUUUCUGGAAAGACGGACGUUUUUCAUGAUCCAACACCAGAUACUUCACACACGGUGAUUAAUGUAGGAAGAAAUAUUCCAAAUUAUGCAACAAAUUUAUUUGUAAAGUUGAAACAAACCCGCUCCGCGUUUUUCUAAGAAUAUUUUGCUGUUUAAACCAGAAUGCGGGUUCAUUUUUCACAAGUAGCAGGAAGAGAAGAGAAGCUCUGAAGAUCGAGUGAAUUAAAUCAAGCCUCCCUCAGAGUUAAAGGACAGUUACUGGAACCAGAUCACUGGACUGACUGGUUCUGGUUUCUCUCUCCAAAAGGCUAGAAGAUGGAAGAUCAGGAAGAUCAGCAUCAGGACAGAGCAGAACCUCCAGAGUUCAGUACUGAACCUGGACCCUCAGACAGAAAGAGGAGGGAGAAGAACAGCGUUGGUGAGAAGGAGCAGCCGUCCUGCUGUGCUUUGUGUCAGGAGGUUCUGAUGGAUCCGGUCUCUACCAGCUGUGGACACUGGUUCUGCAGACAGUGUAUCAGGUCCUACUGGGACCAGUCUGCUCCAUCUGGGCCUUCCUCCUGCCCCCAGUGUGAAGAACGACCCAGAACAGGAUCUGAACGGCUGACAGCCAAUCAGAGCAGCUGUUCUCCAGAAGAAAAACUUUUCAAGGUUCGCAGUGAGUUUGUGAAGAGAGUUUCUGAUGACGUCUUGAAACGGCUCCUUGAUGGCCUUCUGUCAGAUCACAUCUUGGGUGAUUUGGAGGAUGAGGGUAUACUGCAGAAGAACCAAACCAGAGCAGACAAAGCCCGUGAGACCAUCGAUACCUGUAGAUUGAUGAUCAAACGUCUUCAUCACAUAGAUCCGACUCUGUUCAACCAGCUGGGUUUGUCCUCUGACUCUUCUGGUCCAGAUUUUGAUAUUCGGUGUCAACGUGACCUUAAAGAGUUUCUGAAGAAGAAGUUCAAGAGUCUCUGUGAAGGCGUCGCUGAACAUGGAAAUAAAACCGUUCUGAACCAGAUCUACACAGAGCUCCACAUCACAGAGGGGUUAACUAGAGAGGUCAACCAGAAACAUGAGGUCAGACAGAUUGAAACAGCAUCCAGGAAACAAGAAACAAUCAGAAGAGAAGACAUCUUUAAAAGCCCACCUGGAAGUGAUGAAUCAAUCAGAACAGUGAUGACCAUGGGAGUGGCUGGCAUUGGGAAAACACUGUUAACACAGAAGUUCACUCUGGACUGGGCUGAAGGCAAAACCAACCAGAACAUUGAUUUCAUAUUUCCAUUCACUUUCAGAGAGCUGAAUAUGUUGAAAGAUAAAAAGUUCAGUUUAUUAGAACUGAUUCAUAAAUUCUUCACUAAAACCAAAGAAAUCAGCAGCUUUGAAACGUUUCAGGUUCUGUUCAUCUUUGAUGGUCUGGAUGAAAGUCGACUUGAUCUGGAUUUCAACAACAAUGAGAUCCUGACUGAUGUUACAGAGUCCAGCUCACUGGAUGUUCUGCUGACAAACAUCAUCAGGGGAACACUGUUUCCUUCUGCUCUCCUCUGGAUAACCACACGACCUGCAGCAGCCAAUCAGAUCCCUGCUCAGUGUGUUGACAUGGUGACAGAGGUCAGAGGGUUCACUGACCCCCAGAAGGAGGAAUACUUCAGGAAGAGAUUCAUAAAUGAAGAGAAGGCCAACAGGAUCAUCUCCCACAUCCAGAAAUCAAAAACUCUCCACAUCAUGUGUCACAUCCCAGUUUUCUGCUGGAUCACUGCUAAAGUUCUGGAGAAUCUGAUGGAGACCAGAGAGGGAGGAGAUCUGCCCAAGACCCUGACUGAGAUGUACAUAGAGUUCCUGGAGGUUCAACUCAAAAUCAAGGAGGAAAAGUUUGAUAGAGGAACAAAGAGAAAAUCAAUCUGGAGUCGAGAGAACAGGAAGUUGAUUGUGUCUCUAGGAAGACUGGCUUUUGAUCAGCUGCUGAAGGGAAACCUGAUCUUCUAUGACAAAGACCUCAAUCAGUGUGACAUCAACAUCAAAGAUGCUUCAUUGUACUCAGGAGUUUUCACUGAAAUGUUUAAAACAGAGAGAGGAGUGCGCAACAAAUCAGUUUACUCCUUUGUUCAUCUGAGCAUCCAGGAGUUUCUGGCUGCAGUCUACAUGCUCCACUGUUUCACCACCUGGAGGAAAACAAAAGUGAUCAAGAUGUUGCUGGGAAAAUAUUAUUUGUCCUUAUCUUUGGAUGAGUUUAUGAAGAAAGUCAUGGAGAAAUCCCUCAGCAGUGAAAAUGGCCACCUGGACCUGUUUGUCCGCUUCCUUCAUGGUCUCACUGUGGAGUCCAACCAGAACCUCUUAGAAGAUCUGCUGGGUCAGAGAGAGAACAGUCCAGAAACCAUCCAGAGAAUCAUCACCAACCUGAAGGAGAUGAACACUGAUAGAAUCUCUCCUGACAGAAGAAUCAACAUCUUCUACUGUCUGAUGGAGAUGAACGAUCUCUCAUUUUAUCAGGAGAUCCAACGGCUGCUGGAUUCAGGGAAGGAGCUCUCAGAUACUGACUGUUCAGCUCUGGCCUUCAUGCUGCAGAUGUCAGAGGUUCUGGAUGAGUUGGACCUGGAGAAGUACAAAACAUCAGCAUCAGGACGAUGGAGACUGGUUCCAGCUGUGAGGAACUGCAGAAAGGCUCGGUGAGUCCAGAUGUUUUCAUUGUGUGAAUGCUGAUUCAGCAAUAUUGUCCUCCUGUUUCUUCUUCUUCUUCAAGUUGCUUCUGGAUGUUUUUGGUCUUUAAU